AUGCGGUCCCCGGAGAUGUCAUAUACUCCCGCCUAUUAUCAGGAACAAGGCCCUCUUGGAACGACACACCCUCGCAGCUCGAUCGUCACCCCUCCACCAGCCGUUCGCCGAUCCCAAGAACAAUCCUCCGUACUAGGCCACCCCGUUGAUGGAUCUCGACCUUCGUCUCCCUUAUCAAGCCACGACGCUAGCCCCGGCACCUCCGUCUCACGGGGGUAUCGUGUUUAUAACCAGACACUGGGAGGAUCAUCUUGGCCGGGGUCAGAUCCUCGGGAGAUCGACUCCCAACCCGCCGGCUCAACUUCAAGCGGCACACAUAAGGAAGAUCGAAUCCGGAGCAGUAUCGCAGAUCGACCGUCAUUAAUGUCUGGAGGACAUUCCAACCCUAGCAUUACCCGUGCAAGAAAGCGAGUCAUUCCAGAUGACGAAAUUGUCACCCAUGAGGGCCACGAUGCCCUCUUGAUGCUGUUCCGUCUCACGAUUGUCCCAUUAUACUCCUUUGGCGCUUCUCUAUAUGCCAUAUUCGCUUUCCUCUUCGCCCUCCUCGUCUCACCUCUUCGCCUAUGCUCAUUCUCUCCAUAUCUCCGCUCUACAACCUUCAUCUCACAGCUUUGCGACCUCCUCUCCCCAUCUCUCCACAUCCACGAGCGUCUUGUUUGCAUUAGGCCUCCAUCGGUCGAAGACCGAUCAUCUUCCACCCAAUGGAUCCGCUCAGAGCCAGACUCUGACCAACCGUCCGUGACAUCGGAGCCAAGCGAAGUCUACAGUGUCGGAACCUCCAUGGCCGUUUUGGUCCUAUCGCCAUUCCUUAGCAUUGCAAUUAUUCUUUUAGCAUGGAUCGCUGCAUUUUUCUGGGUUUUUUCCAUGAUCCUGGGUAAUCCAGACGGCACGGAGCGCAAGGACGAUGGCCGCACUGCUGUCCUUGGAGUCUGCAAAUGGUGGCGGACAUGGCUCUGCAAAGCUCGCAAAUCAUGA